UGCUAUAAACGAUGAAAAGGAGACAUUAAGACAAAAAUGGCAUGGAGGGUCAUUAAACAAUUUGGGCUAGACAAAUAAUUUGAUUUGAUCUUAACCGACUAAAAUUUGAAUUGAUUGAGCGGGUAAUUUUGUGACCUUUGAGUAUUUCUUAUCAUCUUGUCUUUUGCUUCUGAUUGUUGGCUUAAUCCAUAACGGAAAAACAGAAGAGUAAUCCUACUGAAGACUUGAGGCACAAUCAAGAAACAAAGAAGAAGAAGCUAAUUUCCUCUGAAAAAACAAAUUAUCGGCGAACUCUUGCUCUAUGAUGGAUCGAAAGGGCAACAAAACACGUUCUUCUCCCGAUGUACUCAGCAAACUCCCUGAUAAUGUAAUUGAUGGGAUUCUUAUGCGUCUGCCUUUUCGAGAUGCUGUGUGCACAAGCAUUUUGUCCAAGAAAUGGAGAUAUAAGUGGCUUAGACUUCCAAUUACAAAGUUUACCCUUUCAUUUCAGUAUCGGAAAAGCUGCCCUCCUAUUGACAACUUAUUACAUUUCCUCUCUAAAAAAGGCAUUCAACAUCUUGUUCUUAGACUUCCAAGACGAUUCAAAAUGCCUUAUUUAUUUUUCACAUGUUUGAAGUUGAGGCAUCUGUAUCUCCAAAACUGUUUAUUACUUCCUCCAAUAGCCUUCAAAGGAUUUGAUUGGUUAAUUAGCCUAGAACUACAUGAUGUUACAAUUUACUCCAAGGGGCUUGAAAGUUUAAUUUCUAAUUGCUCGUUGCUUGAGCAAUUGGUUCUAAAUAUCUCAGAUGCGUUAAGCGACAUCAUUGAAAUUAAUGCUCCCGUGCUGAAAUCUUGUGACUUCAUGGGCGAUAUGGCAACUAUCUGCUUAAAAUGUGUCCCUCGUUUGGCAAAACUUUCUCUCACGCAUUAUCGUAAGGACUGGAAAAAGUUUGAUGUUGUAAAUUUUUUGACAUCAAACUUUUUUAAGUCUUGUUCUGAUCUCGAGCAUCUUCACUUGAAUUACACGGUCCCCUUGGCUAGAGGCCAAGAAAUACCAACAAAGCUUCCCCUUGAUUUGAUGUGUGUCAAACAUCUUUGCAUGUGUAUAUAUCUUGACAGGGAUGAGAUUCUGUCUGCUCUUUGCUUGAUAAGAAGCUUCCCAUUUUUACGAUAUCUGGAAAUUCAGAUGGAGCUCAAUGUUAUGAAUUCUAUGCCGGCUCUAGAAUGUCUUGAAGUGGAAGCUUUUCCAGAUGUGAUAUUCAAAUACCUAAGGGAAGUUAAGCUAAUAGAAGCUGAUGGCGGUAUGCUGGAGAUGCAACUUAUCAAGAUUCUGUUAGCCAAGUCUCCGGCGCUGGUGAGAAUGUUAAUCAAUCCCCACAGGUUUUUGAAAAAAUCUGCAAUAGGCAAAGGACUUGAUAAGCUAACAGAAUUUGAGCGUGCAUCACCUAAAGCAGAAGUUCUCGUUAAACUAGUAUAAGUACCAUCAUGUUCAAUCGGAGACCGUGAUCAUGUUUUGGGUGUUGACGUUAAGAGAUUGAAAUGAAUAUUGAUGCAGUAUAAAACUUGUGUUUUGCCGUUAUAUUGAGAGAAGUCUAGACAUCACUUUUGGGAUAUUAGCAGUCUGGAUGGUUUCUAUAACUUUGUCUUACUGUUACAUUACAUUACUACAGGAAUUGAAGCUGUGGUUGUAUAUUUCAUCUUUCAAAGUUUAGAUUUUGUUGGUCA